AUGCAGGCAUUUCAAAAGGCCAUCAGAGUUCGAAUCAAAGAAGAGACCGAAGUGAUCGAAGGCGAAGUUGUCGAAAUCAAAAUUGUCCGCCCUGCUGUGGCCUCGAAGACUGCGAUAUUGACCUUAAAAACGACGAAGUUGGAGACGGUAUACGAUUGGGGGGCGAAGAUGAUUGAGGCAUUGUGGAAAGAAAAAAUUCAGAGUGGGGAUGUUAUUGCCAUCGAUAAGGCCUUCGGGAAAGUCGCGAUUCGCGAAGCUUGGGAGGUCGUUUUCGCGGUCCAGGGAUUACGAUGCGAAGGGCCACAGAUAAAGUUCGUUCAAUGUCCUGACGGAGAGUUGCAGGAGCGGAAAGAGGUUGUACAUUGCAUUACUCUUCAUGAGAUUGACGUUAUCAACAUCAGUAUGCAUAUGAAGUUUAAUUUAGGUUUAGGCCUGGAGUCUGCUGGUAUUGAACAUUUGGAUUUCCGUACCUAUAUGGCUUUCGAGACAGCAACUAUGACCCCUCAAUUCUAG